AUGCUGGACUUCAUACAUCCUGAUCAUUGGCGCUCAAUCAACAUGCAACAGCAUACCUGUCAUUAUCCCCUGCAUGCACGCGUGCUAGGCUCGUCGUUUGUCUCCAAAACGCAAGAGCUCAGCCCUGGACUUUGGUUCAAUACUUUUGUGCCGAUGAAGGGGGUCUUUGGAGUAACAACCGUCGACACGCUAUGCGCUGACCUACUUAACUGGCGCACGCUUUAUCUCGCGGGGAGAAUGCACAAGCCUCUACGUAUCAUCAAAGACGAUGCACGCGUACGACUAACUCAGCAAGUCAAUCUCACCUCUGCGCUUCGCACCGCCCUUCUCAUGCUCCCGGAAUCCUUUACCCAACGCGAGCUAUUCAAAACUAUAGCAGGAAUAAGUUACUCUGGUGACCCUCGGAUGGUGCUCCCAGCUGAGAAUCGAGAAAAGGUGGAAAAUAUGGUUUCUCGUCAGGAGCGUGCCGAGGGGCGUGGUCCGCCUAGAGAGGCGGAUGACAGCGCUUAUUGGCUCCGUAUCGCAGGCGACAAGGAGCUUCCCUUGAUUCUUAACUCUGAGAUAAUUAGGACCGUGCGGUACCCAGCAACUGUCCAGUCACGGAAGGGCAUAGCAAGCGCUGGUGUGGCUAAGAGUACACGCUACUCUGUAGCCAAGGUCAGCAAGUGGUGGAAAGGAGCUCUAUUUUGA